UCCAUAGAGAAGUGAGAACGGCUGAAUCAGCAGACUACCCAGGGUGUGUUUUAUUAAGAAAACCCAUGUGGAGAGAUCCGAAGAAAAAUUGUCUACCAUUGCAUUAUCUGAAGAGCUCCAAUGGCUGAUGGAGGAUCAGGACUGCAAGAUGAUGAACUCUAUCUGCCCAGGACUGUGGUGAACAAGCUCAUCAAGGAGAUUGUGCCCAACAUUAGAGUCUCUACUGACGCUAGAGACCUCCUCCUCAACUGCUGCACAGAGUUCAUCCACCUGAUAGCCAGUGAGGCCAGUGACAUCUCUGAGAAACAAGCCAAGAAGGUCAUCUCCCCUGAGCACGUUGUGGAGGCUCUGAGCACGUUGGGCUUUACUGAGUAUGUGGUGGAUGUCAAGGCCGUGCACAAAGAGUACAAAGAACAGGCCUCAAAACACCGUCGUCGAGGACGAAGUAAAUUGGACAAACUGGGUAUCCCGGAGGAGGAGUUGCAUCGUCAGCAGCAACAGCUGUUCGAAGAAGCCAGACAACAACAGAUGGAAUCGGAGAUGUUGGAGCAGCAGAGACUACAGCAGACUGGGCUACCCUCACCGGCCAGCUCGGGAAACAGCAUGGGUGGUCAGUCACUUGACAGUCGUGUGACAGUCACACCCUCCCCUCAACCACCGAGUGUUAUUGCUCCUGUUUCAGUUGACCCACAACCUGCUACAUUAAGGGCUCCUAGUGUGUCCACGGGGGGAAUGUCCCUCCUCCCUCAGGGCUCAGCCAUCACUGUGGCCAGUCUCCAGGCUACCUCUCACCUUAUUCAACAGGCACUGGCAAUGGCCUCUGCUCAAAUGGCCACAGGGCAACUGUUGCAUCAAGGACUGGCGAUCCCCCCUCAAUUGGCCCCACCCACUGGUGCUACCCUCCCCAUUCUUCUGCCUAAACCCCCGCAGCUCCUCACCACGCCUGAUCGCACCCUUCCACCCACCCCACUACAAGACACUAAAACUGAGCUUAAAAAACCACCAGAUAAUUAGUGUUGAGAUUGUACAUGCAUGUUAUGGCCAUUCAUUAAUUGAAAUUAUCUUAUUGUUGUAUAUA